AUGAAAUUUAAAACAUAUACAUCAAUUCAAUAUGGUUUUUCAGUUGAUUAUCCAUCAAAAUGGGCAGUUAAAGAACAUGCAGCAAUGUUUUUGGCUUCAUUUGUAGAAGAUCCAACUAAUGAACAAUCAUGCAGCAUUAAUAUUACAAUUCAAAAUUUAGAUGUUAAAAUGACACAACAACAAUUAUUAGAAGUUUCAAUUCAACAAAUUCAAUCAAUUAAUGCACAAGACAUUGAAACAGGUUCAUGCACUAUUGGCAAAUAUAAAGGUGACUUUUUACAAUACUAUGCACCAGAACAAAGAAUUAAGAACAAACAAUGUUUCUUUAUCAAAGAUAGCUCUGUUUAUAUUGUCUCUUAUACAUCAUCCUUCAAAAACUUUAAGAGUAGAAUACAUUAUCUCGAUCAAUGUUGCGAAUCCUUUAAACAAUUUACACCAAAAGGUUAUAAAUAUGCUCAAUUUGAAGCUUUUACUUCAACAGUCAAAAACGUCAAUAAUGAAACAGUAUACUACCAAUAUUGGACACCAAAGGCAUGGAAGACUUCCAAAAAAGAAAAGGAAGGAAACAAACAAGUUCAAGAAUAUAAAGACCAAGCUAAUGAUCUUCAAUUAAAAGUUGAAUUUGAAUCACUCACCCAAAAAGGAGAUGAAACAACAACUGAUAAGAAACACCAAAACAAUAGAACCCACUUAAUUUAUACCAAUAGUAAACACAACUGUUUAUUCACCAUUGACUUCUCAUUCCCAAAAGAAGAUGAAGAAACAUCAUCAUCAUGGGAACCAAUUUUCAAACGUAUAGUUGCCGAUAGCAAAAUUGAAACUUCACAUUUAGUAUCACCAAUCUAUGAUCGUUUCUACAACUUUAUCUUUAGAUAUUAUGUUAAUCUUCCAAAAUCAUUCGAAUUAGAUAAUCGUUCCUCAAACACCACUUCAAUGAUUUUCAUCGACAAAGAAUACCCACACUAUCCAGUAUUCAACAUCACCAUGGAAGAUUUAGGUGUAGCAAUUCCAUUAGAAAAAUACAAAGAGAUCCUUUUAUCCUUUUACACUACCUCUGUUCAAGGUGCUAGAAUUAUAAAUGAAGAAAAUUCUCGUCUCGAUAAAUAUCGUGCUCUUAGAAUUAAUAUGGACGGUCGUGACCCAGAAAUCGAUAAGAAAUGUAAAGUCAUCAUUCAAUGUGCUGUCGUCAAACGUACCAAAGGUCUUUUACUCAAUGUUCGUUUACCAUCCGAAAUUUUUGAAGAAAAAAUCAAAAAAUAUUUUUACAUGUUUUAUAGUUUAGUUUUUUAUAAAAAUUAA